CUGAGAAUCAGCUGAUCCUUCCAGUCUAUUUUCUAGCCUUUGAGUCUGUCACGAUCGACCUCUUUCAUGUCAUUAUUUGUGUGUUUUUGAAUCUCUAGGCUUUUCACAUUUAUUUUAAAACACCGUGUGACACACAGCGCUCUUCCUGUCGCCGCGGUCGACCUUCUUCUCUCGGUGGAGUUUAAAAUCCUCUUAUAGCAGCAGUCAUGGCGCUCAGCGAUGCCGACGUCCAGAAACAGAUCAAGCACAUGAUGGCUUUCAUUGAACAGGAGGCCAAUGAAAAAGCAGAGGAGAUUGAUGCAAAGGCAGAAGAGGAGUUCAACAUUGAGAAAGGUCGGCUUGUUCAGACCCAGCGUUUGAAGAUUAUGGAGUAUUAUGAGAAGAAGGAGAAACAGAUCGAACAGCAGAAGAAAAUUCAAAUGUCCAAUCUAAUGAACCAAUCCAGAUUGAAGGUCCUGAAGGCCCGUGAUGACAUGAUUUCGGAUUUGCUAAAUGAUGCACGUCAGCGACUAGCUAAUGUAGCCAGAGACCCAUCCAGAUACUCUGCUCUAAUGGACGGGCUUAUCCUGCAGGGUUUUUACCAGCUCCUGGAAACAAAAGUAACCAUCCGUUGCCGCAAACAGGACGUGGGUAUUGUACAGGCUGCUGUUCAGAAAAACAUCCCAAUCUACAAAGCAUCAGUGAAGGACAUUAUUGAAGUGCGCAUUGACCAGAAUAACUUCCUCUCUCCAGAAAUCUCUGGAGGUAUCGAGCUGUAUAAUGCUGAUGGGAAGAUCAAGGUGUCCAACACUCUGGAGAGCAGACUGGACCUCAUGGCACAACAGAUGAUGCCUGAAAUCCGAGUUGCCCUAUUUGGUGCAAACCAGAACCGAAAGUUCAUGGACUGAUCUACGAUAGAACUACGGCAGAAUGCCUUUGUUUGAUGUUGUACUUUUAAUUUUAUUCUGCUGUUAAGAAUUCCAUUCCUGUGUCUGUAUUUAAGAAAAUAUCAUGCGUAUGUGUGUUCUGUAUGUGGUGAUUCAUUAUUGCUGUUAAAAAGGACCAAAGUAGUGUUUUGAAUGUCUGCUGGAACUCUGGUCCUUUACAUCUCAUGUGUUGAUUUGACUGCAGCUGUAAUAUAACACAGUUAUGUUUACAGAAAAGCUCGACUGAGUCUUAAACUGAAGUAAAAAUUCCAUGAGCUCUUCUAAGUUUCAGUUUACCGACUCUGAUACCCAUUUGGAGGAUGGGCGAGGAAAAGGCGGCCCCAUUCUGAACAUCCAUGGUGAUAAAGACAUGACCAUUAAGAUGUUUACAUGUUUGAUUUUCUUUGUUUUUUUUUGUCCUUUCCUGUGCAGAGCAUGACCUGUAUUUCAGAACCAAUGUAUCUGUUAACACCGCAAAGAUUAAAUUGAUGUGAAAAUAAUAUAUAAUGAAAAA